UCUAAAAUAAGAAAAAAGGCAGUAUCUCUUAGGCAAUAUAUCAACAUACAAUCAAACCAUUCCAAUUCAUUUUUAAAUUCUUUAUUAUUUCUCUUCAAUCUUUCUGAAAAUGUACUUUCUCCUUCUAAGUCGAUUCUCCAGAAUAGAAAAAAGAAUUGUAAAAAGGGAUUAAUAUUCCUAGUUUAAAGAUUUUGAUGUUUCUUUGUGAAGAUAUAAUAUCCCUGUACAACCUAGAAAAAAGAGAAAAUGUUAAUAAAUUCAUACUGUAUCACCCUUUGUCCUUCUUAUUCAGAUAAUUUCCGGGGCUGAUUUCUAAACAUUGACAGAUCAAGGAUAGAAGGAUAGAUGACAGACUGAAUUGGAGCUUUAAAAGACAUUUUUUGUUCUAAAAACCUUAUUUCAAGUAUUUUCUUCGAAGACGACAUUUAAAACUGUCCUGGCAUUGAUAGGCGCUCAAUUUCUAAGUCAAAACUCAAAAAUAGUCAACCUUUAGUCUCAGUGCUUACACUCAUUCCGACAAAACCUCCCGAAUCAAAAAAAACGUGGAUGAUCUUAGUCGAUUUAAAAUCAAGGAAAAAAUCUGCAGAAAGAACAUUAUAGUUCCAAUAAAUCAUGAAGAAAAUAAAUAAAUAAAAAUUUAAGAUAAUUUUUUUCUGAAUUUUGUUAAAAGAGAGACUUGUAGUCUUUUUCUUAUUCCAAAAAUAAUCUACAGAAGCCCUGGUUUGACCGGAAAUGGAAACCCUGGUUGCUGAGAACCUUUCGAAAUUUUCAAUUUAAAAAAUCAGAAAAAAAAAUUCCAAAAUUUUCAUUUAAAAGAAUAGAACAAAAGAAAUAAAUAUUUAGAAGAAAAAAGAUUUUUAAGAAAAAUGUCGGAAACCCUGAAUGUCUUUUCGCGGAGGGCGCUGGUAGCGCCCACGCACUUUUUGAUACUUUUUCCGUUUCCAGGGGCUGACAAAUGUUUUCCAACACGUUUGCCCGGCACUUUCGUUUCUUCUUCCUUCCCAGUAACAUCUAAGUUUUUCUAUUUUCUUCCUUUAUUUUCCGCAAUGAUUAUUGGUGUGCAUCCUGUCGGAGGGUUCUCCACCUCUACGGAGAAUGUGAUGAAUGUUGUGCCUGUGGUGGAUCCGGAGAAUACCGGGUAUGGAGAUUGGUUGGAGGGUCCUGUUGCCCACGGAAAGCAGAGUCUUGGGGUUAAGCUCUUCGGGCUUGUACUGGAGAAGCUGGGUGUGGCUACUGAUGUCCUGGAUGAGGAGGACCAGGAGAUCCUGAUGUACAACCUCAUGUUGUCUGCUGCUGUGAUCGGCGUUCUGGGGGUCAUCCUGUGUCUCUUCCUCGCCUUGUAUGGAUGGUUAAGGGUCUGAGUCUCUGCUGUGUCCCCCGGGUCGUUACCCAUCCUGUCGACGCGGCAACAGCAGUUCUCCGGAGGUUUUUUCUGGGUUUCAAGUGUUGUUGGUUUCAAGUGUUGGUUUCAAGUGUUGGUUUCAAGUGUUGGUUUCAAGUGUUGGUUUCAAGUGUUGGUUUCAAGUGUUGGUUUCAAGUGUUGGUAAAAUGUAAAAUUUCUUUUGGCAACUUUAAACUCAACUGAAAAUUGUUAACAUCAGAGAUGGAUUAUGUACAUUUUGUCAUAUAUAUAAAUAAAGUGAUAUGUGAAAUUCU